AGUUUGAACAUUCAUUUUCACAGCAGCGUAAAGGAGAAACAGAGAAGAUAACAGGAGAGAAGAGAAGCGACAUCACUUUCCGUUGACCAAGUCGCGUCUCUACUCUCUAUAUACGCAUAUAAAUAAAAGCGUCAGAAAGAAGAAGACCACGGCUCUUUCCGCUCAUCUUUCUCUUGUACCAACAUAUCACCGUACGCAGUGCGUCUGGCAACUCUACUGUACCGCGAAGUACAAGCUGGCGUCGCUGCUUCCGUUUGUCACGCACAUCCACACAAACGUAUUCACCAGUGGCGGUCACGAUCAUUUGCAGCGCUGUCGUCGUUGUGGAAGAAAACAAGACAAAGGGGACACACAUCAUGCUGCCGCAGAAUUUUUUCAACGCAGCCUUCGUUCUGGUCCUGGCCUAUCUGCUGUUUGCCUACACGAACCGCGGCGGUAUCGACCUGCCACGCCCGCUGGACGGCUACUACUUCGUGCCCAACGAAACGCAGAAGCUGCUUGCCGAGGCGAACAAGGAGGCGGCGCGGGUGCUGGCUGUACGCGAGGCCAAGCAAAGUCAGCUCGGUGCCGUCGCCGCCUCCGCAGCCCUCACGCGGUACGGCGUAGCGCUUAAAGACGGCGACGAGGCUCUGGAGGCCACCAUUCAUUACGUCCAUCAGUAUCGACAGCUCGCGACUGGCGCCGAAACUCUGCGUCGGCGCGAGGCACCGAAUCGAAACAAGAAGCACACGGAUGCUGCAUCGCCCGCCGACGUAGACGGUCAGUCCCCUGUUCCAGUGCAGGUGUUUCUGGCCGCCGACAACGGCACUUACUCGGGCAUGCACGAGUUGUACUUCAUCCAAGCCGCUAUGCGCUACAGCACUCCUUUCGAGAUCGACGGCUGUCGCUCUGCUACCUUCGGUUUUCUCGAGAAGCCGCACCGGGACGCGCUGACGUGGAGCGUUCAGAAUCAACAGCGCGGCGCCAACGAAGACGCAUCGAAAGGGUUACGCCACAUUCCCGUGCUGGCAGUAACAACAGGGAUAUACGUGACCAGCUCCGCGGCGUGCACGGCAGCUGUGAUGGAGCUGCCGAUGUUCCACGUGCAGAGCGUCACGCUCAUCGGCACGUCAGGCGCUUCGCCGGUGGUGGGCGGUGGUGGAUGGAACGCGCAGGUACCGCCGGCCCACCGCGCGGUGUCGAGCGAGAAGAACGAGAAGGACACAAACCCCACCUGCCAGCAACAGUGGGCGCCGGACGCGGAGAAGGUUGCCCUGGGCUCUGUCUGCGUCACCUACGGUUCCCUCUUGCAGGAGUGUGGGCACUGCGUGGAGGAAAACGAGCUGACCUCGCUGUGCGCGCGUCCGCGGUGCACAAUGCACAACUCAACGACCUUCUUCGGCCCGUGCAGCUUCCGCCACCCGACCUCGUCCUUCGCGGAGCAGAUGAAGGGGGCGAUGUACCGCCGGCCGUUUCCCACGCCGCCGACGAUCGUGAAGGAGGCCAUGCAGGCCUUCUGGGAGGUGAACGAGGCGGUUCCUGAGUACGUGCUGUCCACCGAGGAAAGCGGUACGGCGAAGCUCAACGCCUCCGAGAUGAUUCUCUCCUACAACCGUGUCCCACCCAAGACGCCGAUACUGCUGAACUGUGCGGAGGUGGUGACCAGCCAGAUUCUCGCCGGCCCACGCUCUGAUAUAUUGUGUCGGCAGUACACGGAGGAGCUGUUUGAGGGCCUCUACCCGGCGAAGGAGCUGUCGUGUGUGCAGUCGAUGGAAGGGGUGGGCGUACUGCACGUCCUGACGCGCGAGUACCCGCACGUGCCCGUAGCGAUCGUGCGCGGGGUGUCCAACUACGACAUGUUUCCCUUGUCCCGCCACGUACACUUGCUGAACCGCACGACAAACGCGAAUCAGGUGGCGCGGGACGAGUGGUACGUGUCGUGGGAUCAGAAGGAGCACUACAUGAGCGACGACAAGUUCCACGAUUUCACCAAGGCUUCGUACCGCUACUCCAUUGAGACGGCGAGCGCGGUGGUGUUGAAUUACUUCUUAAGCGCAGAAACGGGACUGCCGGGGAUGGUGUGA